CCUCUUUUUUUUUUAAAGGUAACCAGGUUAAAUGACUUGCCCACAAUCACACAGCGAAUAUGUGUCACAUUAGCUAAUAGGUCACAUAGUCUAAGGUCAGAUAUGAACUCAGGCCUAGUGACUCCAGGUGCUCUAUCCCCUGCACCAAUUCGCUGUCCCCAAGUAAAGGUUUCUUGAAAAUGGGAGAGAUAUGGACACGUUUGUAGGAGGUAGGGAAGCAGCCAGUGUGAAAUUAAUGAAAGAAUAGGGAUGAGAGAAGGGGCAGUCUGCUGGAAAAGAUGGAAUGGGAGCAUGUGUGUACAUAAAGAUCUCCUUGGCAAGAAGGAGAGCUACCUCUUCACGUGAGGCACAGGUGAAGGAGAUUAGCCCUGGAAGGCAUCUGAGAAAAGUAAGACCAGAGGGAAGGAAGAAAGAGGAAUAAACUAUUAGCAAGUCACUUAAUCCCAUUGCCUAACAAAAACAAAAACAAGACCAAUAAACCAUGAGGCAAGAUUCUCAGCUGAGAGGAUGGGGAGGGAGCCAGGGGAGGUUUGAGGAAAGGUCAAAAGAUCUGGAAUCCCAUGGAGAGCUAGACAGUGAAUUGAUUUAGGUAGGCAUGAAAGCACUGCUUUGCCACAGUAAGGGCCCAUUGUGAUUAAGUAACAAAAAUUGGUAGUAGACCCAUUCAGCUUAGUUUCAUAUUUUCUCCAGCUUCAUUCAACAGCACAUGAAUAGGCAUGAAGGCAGCAGAUAGUGGGAGUGGGUAAAGACACACUUCCCUUCCCCCCAAACAACAUUGUGUUCACUGUAUGUUCAAGGCACUAUUAAUCAGUGAUAAUAUAAAGAUUCUGAAACACAUGCCUAAGAAGAGGGGUAUGCAUGUGUCGAUGUGAGCACAGGCACGUACAUAUGGGAAGAAGCAAGCAAGGGGUUAAAGUGGGAUCCGCCUUCACAGAGGUUCUCAUCAGGACUGAAGAUAGAUACCAGGCCCUCCCUUACUGGUGCUAUCAUUUGUUUCUUCAGUGGCAGGGACUGAUCUUCUAGGGGAGGGAGGACAGCAACUGCAUUAGUUCCUUGAGAACCAAGCCUUAAUAUGAGUCCAUUUUGUUGUUCUUCUCAUGCCUUUUAACAGGGUUAUAGGAUUAAAUCUAAUUUUGCUCUAUGUUCACAUGCUAGUUGGAAGCUCACUGCAUGCCUUGGGACACUGAAUGAGGCUGGGGGAGUAGAAAUGUGCCAAAUUCAUACAUUUCCACGACUUGAGCCCUGAGUGGGAUACAUGAAUGAGCUACACAAACUAUUAAAAAGGUGCCCUCAAGAUUGUGCCCCAUCUGUAAAAGAGGUUGAGAAGCCCCAGUGGACUCAUGAGAAAUAGACAAAAGAUAAUAAAGUGUUUUGCAAAUCCUUAGAGAGCCAUGCAAACGCUAGUAAGUCACAAUUACUUUGGGUCUGUUUCCUCAUCUGUAAAAUGGGAAGUCCUUCCUUGUUCUAAAGCUAUGAUCGCAUUAUUGUUCGGAAAUUUGCCUGACAUUUGGAACUAUCCAAAGUUCCCCAGGCUGACUCAAGACUCAGUGAUCUCUAAUAAAGGAGAACACUUUAAGUGAAGCUGAAUGAUCACUUGUCAAAUACAAUAGAGGGGAGUCCUGUAAAGUUGUAGGGUUGCCCUCCAGUUGGAAGGUCUCUUCCAUCUCUGUAAUUCUGUAACCAUGUGGAACUAUGCAUCUGAGAAAGGUAAAUAUGUCUAUGUAUAAGCCUCAGAGACAGAAGGGCAUAAAAGGGUAUACAUGUGAGGGGGGUGUGUUAGUGGUACAGGAAGGGAGUGUCUCAGAAGAGAGCUCACAAGGUGCUUAUGUCAGAGUUUGCCCUUUAGUACUCUGGUUAGCAGAUGGAAAGGAGGAAGGAGGGAGGUGAGACUAUGCCGGGCCCAGGGAUGAUGGGGGCUCAGUGGGCCAUGAGAAAGAAGUGAGUCACAUCAGGAGUCCUCAUCCAGCACGGCUCUAAGCUGAAGAGAGCUCAGACUAGAGCAACAGAGAAGUUCCUCCUUAGCUAUACCUGAAGAGGCAGGCAAGAGGAGGAAAAGGAGCUAAUCCACCAGAACAAUCCUGCACAGAGCAGAGCCAGAGAUAACAGACGACCCGAGAACGGGAACCAUGGUUCUUGGAACUUCUUGGUGGCUGUGGGUUCUGGGAACCCUGGUGGGACUUUCACCGGGGGUAAUAUCCAAGCUUCACUGCCCACAAGGACAGUACCAGGUGGAGCAAGGAUCAUGGUGCUGCCGACUAUGUAAUCCAGGCACAUUCCUAGUGGGGGACUGUGAUGGUGACGGGAAAGAAGCUCACUGUAAAUCCUGUAUCCCUGGAUUCUCCUUCACCCCAGACCACCAUGCCCAGCGCCAAUGUGAGAGCUGUCGAAUCUGUAUUAAUGGCUUUCCAAUUCAGAGGUGCAACAUCACUACCAAUACGGAGUGUGCCUGCCCUAAGGGGCAACAGUGUCGAGAUAAGGAAUGUACCAGCUGUGAUCCCCAACCUACAUACCUGCUGAGCACACCCCAGUAUCCCCUCAGAAGUACACAUCAACAUCCUGCAACCAUACACCAACACCCUACCAACACCCACUCAGCUUACUACUCUGAGACUGCUGGCACUAGUGCCCCAACAAGACCUGCCCAAAGCCCAUCAGGAACAGUCCCAUCCAGCCAGGUCAGCAUUUACAUCCUCCUCAUCCUCUGUGGAUUGAUUCUGACCAUCUUCAUUCAUGGGACUUGGCUUAUCCUGAAAAAAAGAAAUCGUCAACUCAAAAAGGAACAAGACAAGAAAAAGCUAGUCAAGUUCUGCCUAACUGGAUCCAGAGAAGACCCAGGCCCCUGCUGUCCAAAGCAGGAGGAGGGGAACACGGUGCCUAUCCAAGAAGAUUACAGAAAGCCUGACCCUGCCUCUUACCCCUAAGCCAGACUUAGCAAGGCAUUACUGACAGGACAGUAUUCUCUACCCUUGGCCUGGCUCCCGGCAUGACUACUAUGAGUGUGGGAGAUCUGAGAACCCUCCCACUCAACCAACGCCUCCUAGGAGCCCUCCACACCACCCCGACCAGGUGUCUUCCCCUUCCUUACCUAGAAACUUCUUCAUUUGACCUUACGCAACAGUGGAGAAGGGUGUCGAGGAAAAAGGAGAAUACAUGUUGGGGUGUGGUAAGGCUAAGGAAGAUUGUGGUGAGAAGCAGAGAGCACUUGGUGUACCCUGUGGGCUCAGAAAGGUGGAGAGAGUUCAUAUAUACAAAUAAAACUGUUGCACUUCUCUGGCUGAGGAAAAUCAA